ACGAUCCGCAAAGAAAUGCCACCGUACUACAUUUGAAAGUAAGCGAUAAAUUCAAGUCUGCAAGGAAGGAAUCGGCGGGAAAGCCGUUGUCUCAGAACCCAACUGCAGGUAACAUUAACAAGCCGAAAACGGACAGCAUACAAGAGAAUCCUUCCGUUCCACAACCAGCCAACGAUUUGUUAACUGGGCAGAAUACUUUAACAAAAAAGCCGAACAAUGUAGGCAAAGGGGACAAAGAUCUAAGUUCUGAUGGGACCGAAUCGUUGGUCCAAACAAAGAACCCACAAAAUGCAGGACCAAGUUCAAGUUCCACACUCAAGGCACCGGCGAAUGCUGCGUCGGGACAGAUUGUGAAACCAGAGCAGCCGCGCGGUAAUCAAGCACAAAACGCUUUGGCAAAUGUUCAAGAUGGAACCAAGCCGGGUACUGCGAGUACUCAAAAUGUUCUACCAUCAGCUCCUACCAAUGACGCUUCUGGUAAACCUGAACCAUUACCUCAAAUUACCAAAACUCAGAAUCCACCGCAGCAAAGUGCAACUGGCACCUCCCAGAAUGCAAAACCUUUACAAGCUGAUCAGACUUCACCAGAAGCUCAGAUUGGUGCCACACUAGGUAACGCGAAAGUACCAGAAGCUGACGCCACCAAAACACAACCCUUGACACUGAGUGAUCAGAAAUUACCACAACCUAAUACCAUAAAACCGCCAAGUACCACCUACCAAGAUACGGUUUUAGAAAACACGCCAGAAAGCACUGUCAUACUGCCUGCGCCUUUAAGUCACGAGAUACAGCGACCUGCUCGAAACGAUGGCAAAGAUUUUACCGCGAUUGAGAGUAGAUUAUCCAGACAAAAAGAAACAAGAAAGCCAACUCUAAAAUCAUCGAUACCAAAUUGCAAUAUAAAUCUUGGUUUUGUGUUGGACGGCUCAGCAAGUGUGGAAGGAACGAAACGAGGGAAUUUCCUGAAAAUGAUCAACUUCGCCAAGGAUGUUAUACACGAUUUCGUAAAGCAAUCUCAACAGGUCCAUGUUGGUACUCUCGUGUAUAGCACCAAUACGUCUGUGAUACUGUCGUUUGGCACCAAAGGAACGGAGAAGAUCAUUGAUCAGAUCUUGGACAGCGUACACUAUCCAGGACAAGGCUCGCUGACCGGGAAUGCAAUGAAAGAUGCCUGGAACCUAAUGUUCAGCUCGGUCCCAAGAGGAAGAAAAAGUAAACUUUUGCUUCUGACCGACGGCCCUUCGAACGACGAUGUCAAAAUGCCUUCGAAAUGGGUGCGCGAUAAUGGAGUGGAGAUAUUUGUGAUUGCUUUGGGUAAAGGUUACGACGAAGGCCAACUCAAUGACAUUGCCAGUGUACCAAGUGUUAAACAUAUCAUGUUGAAGGAUUAUGAUGAUCUCCGAACUUCUGUUCAAGAAGUUAGGAACAGAGUUUGUGGAUUCACUGAUCAGCAAAUCCUUCAGAUAAUGACAAACACAAGAUUAAUGGACAGUCCCGAUGAAAUGAACUCAUUUCAGAGAAGUUUUGCGCCCAAUCAAUGCAUACUGGACGUUGUAUUUCUACUGGAUGGUUCGCGACAAGUUGAGACAAACGGCGUUGGCAAUUUUCAACGUGAAAUUAACUUCGUGAAAAAGGCGGCAAGAUAUCUUCCACUAUCAAGGAACGAUGUUCACAUUGGGGUGGGCCUCUUAGGUGACGUCAAUGUAAUGGUCUUCCCUUUGAACGAACAUUAUAUUCCGAAUUCCAUAGACUACGAACUUGAUCAUAUACGAUAUCCUGCCUCAUCCGAUAUUCAGCCCCGGGAGGUAUUGUACGCCCGGCAGGUUAUGCUUUUGAAAGGUAGACGAGAAGUGGCCCCUCGGGUAUUUGUCCUAGUCACGGAUGUCAGCUCGUUCGAUUCGUAUCGCCAUGCGAUUAGCGAGCUUCGCACAGACGGUUCAGACAUCGCCAUGUUUGGGGUAGGACCAGAGUCAUACGAACAAGAAGUGAAGAUAAGAUCCAACGUCCAGGGAUUGGACGACCAAGUUGUGCAGUUAAACAGCGCCGAUGAAGACGAGGCUGCCAAAAAUUUUGCCAUCAAUAUGUGCAAGCUAUCGAGCUCAAAACGAACAGAGAUACCGAGAAGACAUUGGAAAGCUUCUAACAAAGUUUUAAAUGAAGACUAAAGGUUUCAAAGUCGAUUUCACAGUCCCUCGUAAAUUGGCCAUUCCAAAAUUGCAGCUGGUAUAAUAGACAAAUGAAGUGCAUUAUCGAGCUGUUUCAAAUAGGAUAAACACUUUAUAUGCACCCAAAAUAGUCCCAUGACGCAUUUUCUAUUGCAAUUUUCGAUUGGCCAAUGCUCUACGAAGUAGUGAAGUUGAAAAGUUUGUGUGUAUGGAAUUGAUACAAGUAGAACUUACCAUCGACAUUACCUGUAAAAUUGUUAGAUGGUACACAGGCUGACGGAGAACAGGAUAGCUCUGUCUCUGAGUAGAACAUUUGUUUCAUCUCAAAAGCAUGUCGGUGGUUUUAGGUGAAUUUAAAAAAUAUAUAUGCCUAUAUGCCUAUGGUAUUUCAUAUUUGUGUUCCAGAUUAAUGAUCAGAUUAAUGAUCAGAGAUUAAUCACAAGUGUUAUACUUAAUAAAUGUUGCCGACAAGAGGAAAGACUAA